CCUCUUUCUCACUAGUAACUGCAGGUGCCUCUGUGAAACAGACGCUCAGGUCUUCACCUGCCUUCUGCAACACUCCCAGACAGUCUCUUCCCAGCAGGUACUGCCAGAAGGUCACCCAGGGUUUCUUUCCACCCUAUGGGAGACAGAACCAUGCUGGGUCCCCUUGCCCUCCUGUGUGCUCUCCUGUUUCCUGAUGGUGGAGCAGGGCUCAAGCUGAGUCAGACUGCUUUGUUGGUGGCACGCGUGGGCAGUUCAACUCCUCUGGAUUGCAAAGUGGACGCCUGGGUCAAGUACAUCCACUGGUACCGCCACCAGGAGGGUACGGCACCAAAGAGGCUCCUCUACCUAGACAUGUCUACAUCCCUUGUACAACGGGAUUUUGUUCUGAAAGCGGACAAAGUCAAUGCCAAUAAGGGCAGGGAUAGCUACAGCUGCACUCUGUCACUGCUGAAACUAGAGAAAAGCGACGAAGGCGUGUACUACUGUGCUGCCUGGGAAGGCUGGAUCAAGAUAUUUAUAGAAGGAACUAAGCUUACAAAAACUUCUCCUGAUAAAAGUCCCGAUGAAGAUAUUUUUCCCAAGCCCACAGUUUUUCUUCCUUCAGUUGCUGAAGUAGAAGUCCAUAAGGCUGGAACAUAUCUUUGUCUUCUUGAGGAUUUUUUCCCUGAUGUUAUCAAGGUACACUGGCAAGAAAAGGAUGACAAAACAAUCCUGAAAUCUCAGCAGGGAGACACCAUGAAGACCAAGGACACAUACAUGAAAUUCAGCUGGCUGACCGUGACUGGAGCAUCAAUGGAUAAAGAACACAGAUGUAUUGUCAACCACCAAAGGAAUAACAGAGAAGUUAUUCAAGAGAUUCUUUUUCCUUCAAUAAGCAAAGGCUUGAUGGCUGUGACAGAAUCUGAAAUGGACUCCCAGGGACAUUCAGAAACAAAGGAAAACACAGAGGUGGUGACCGUUAGUCCUUUGAAUUCAGGAUAUUUCUCACCUGAUCCAAUGGCUGUGGAGCUUGCUGCUAUUAACUCCACAAAAUUUUCUCUGAAUGAUGAAAAUGGUGAAUUUAAUAGAUGUUUGAGUGACUUGACCAGCAAACUGUGUCUGAGUUGUCUUGGGGACGGUGGUGGUGGAGAUGGUGAUACACCCUGCAGCUGCAACUUGGAAACACAUCUGCCUACUAUACCUACCUCCUCCUCCUCCUGAAGAGCCUGGUCUACUCCAUCAUCAUCGUCAUCUGUCUGCUUGGGAGACCAGCACUCAGUGGCAGUGGGAAGAGUUCCUAACACAUGGUGGCACAAGGUGUCACUUCUAGCCAUUGGCUAGUUUCUCUAAAAGUGUCUGCUGAGGAUCUAGUGAGCCUUCUUUCUGAGAUUGGGUUAUUUCAGUUCACAUGUGUCUUUUUCUUGUGUCGUUUCUGAGAACAGGCUUACAAACCCCUGGGCAAACAGAAGCUUUCACUGUGCAGCUAGAACAAAUUCCGCCAUGACUCCUGGGUGGGGCCAGGGGUCAUCCACAGAGUCUUCUGCACCACCCCCUCAUUGUUGUCCACCAGCUCCCAGCCACCCAGUCCCCAUGCCUCUGGGUACAACCACCAUACACCUUACAACUGCAUUCCUUGAACUCUUUAACCAGAUAACUGCCUUGAAGUCUUUAUUUUAUAUACCUGGAAGCAAACAUGCCUGUUACCUGACAUUUGUGUGUUUUUUAUAAUAGUUACAAUAAAAGCAAUCAAGUCUU